AUGUCAUUGAAAGACUUUAAGAUGUUAUCUAAACUAGGUAAAUGACAUUUAUAUAAUAAAAGGCGAUGGUGCUUUUUCAAGUGUAUAUAAGGUAAAAAGGAUUGAAGAUCAUCUUGAGUAUGCUUUGAAAAAAGUUAAUCUUAACAACUUAUCUGAAAAGGAAAAACAAAAUGCAUUAAAUGAAGUGAGAAUUUUGGCAUCAAUUCGUCAUCAGAAUAUCAUUAGCUAUAAAGAAGCUUUUCUUGACCCAACCAGUAAUUCCUUAUGGUAAAAUAUACUUUAUUCAUAUAUCUGUAGUAUCAUUAUGGAACUGGCUUCAGAUGGAGACUUAUUAUAAAAGAUCAAAAAAUACAUCAAAACAAAUAGUUCCUUUAAAGAAGCAGAAAUUUUUCGAUAUGCUUUUUAACUAUUAAACGCUCUGAAAUCUCUACAUGAAAUGAAAGUGAUGCAUAGAGAUAUCAAGAGUGCAAAUGUUUUCAUGAUCAAUAAUGAAGUCAAAUUAGGAGAUAUGAAUGUAUCUAAAGUUGCAAAACAAGGAUUAUUAUACACUUAAACUGGCACUCCAUACUAUGCAAGUCCUGAAGUAUGGAAAGAUCAUCCUUAUGAUUGUAAAUCUGAUAUAUGGUCAUUGGGAUGUGUUCUUUAUGAGAUGGCAGCUCUUAAAUUGCCAUUCUAAGCUGAGGAUAUGGAUGGUCUUUUUAAAAAAGUAGUAAAAGGUACCAUUAAUUGUUAUUAUAGGGUUUUAUCCAAAAUUACCAGUUACUUACUCAUUUGAUUUAUAAAAUCUUAUAAGGAUGAUGUUAUAAGUGUCUACAGCAUUAAGACCUACAGCUUCUUAAUUAUUAGAAUUACCAUUUUUUUAGAAAUACAAAUUAAAUACUCCAGAUUCAACAGCUUAAUUACUAAAUACUAUAUAAUUUCCGAAAAAUAAGAGUUAUAUAAACAUUUUCCCUAAGCCUAAUUAUAAAUUUAAGACUGAAUCAACUGAUAAAAAUGAUUUAGAAUAAAUUCAUCGUAAAAGAUAAGCAACUUUGGGAGGAAAUGCUUCAAUUUUCUCUAAUCCAACUAGAUUAUCUUAAUAUGAAGAAAGCAGUAAUAUGAAAUAUUAUUUUAGAUCAUUAACCUUAAAUACCAAUUAAACAAGAUAGAUUAGAUUAAAUUUAAUUAAAAUCAAAUCGUCAUUCUCUUGUUAAAUUAUUAUCUGAUGGUUCUUUACCUCGUUCUAAUAGUAAAGUCAAUACAAAUAAAAUCUUAUAAGAUAAGAUCAGAAAAAGAUUGCCAAUUCCCAAUUUAUUAGAUAACAUGUCUCCAAUACUUUGCAAAAAAAGUGUAAGAGUUGGAAAUGAUUCUAAUUCUACAAUGCUACCAUAAAUUGCUUGA